AUGAGGUUCCUUUGCUUGCCUGGAGGAUUUGGCAAUGCUGAGGUUCUCAAGACGCAGCUCGCUCCAUUCUGCGAUUCACUGUGCUCGACUGGCGAUGCCAGUUUCUUCUUUACCCAGGGACAGAAUGAGGUCAAAAUCCCCCCGGAGCACGAAGGCUUCUUUGGCCCGCCGCCCAACUUUACCUUUUCCGCAGAGGACGUUCCUGGAUCGCUCCGCUUCAACAUGGCCGACUUUCCCAAACGCGAUACUCCCGAGGAAACAAUGACUCGCGCUUUUGAUUUGUCUGGUCGCACUACCUUCUCAAACAUCCGAGAAGUGGUUGACCGGUUAGUUGGUAUUCUGGACAAGGAGGGCGACAUUGAAGGAGUCAUUGGGUACUCGGAAGGAGCGAUGAUUGCCGGCUCGCUUCUCUGGGAGGAAGCACGAAGACGCAAGAUUUCAGGCCGGGAGCCCCGACUGAAGUGCGCCAUUUUUUUCUGUGGUUGGCCACCAAUUCAUCUGGCAACUGGUCAGCAAGUUAUAAUUGACGAUAUCGAGGACGAUGAGAUCUUCACCGUCCCCACUUUCCAUGUUGUGGGUGCAGCCGAUCCGUUCCUGGAUGCUUCGAUGGCGUUGUACAAUAUGUGCGACCCGGACAGUACGGAGCUGUUUGACCAUGGAGGCGGACAUAUCAUACCGCGAGGGAAGCGCACAGUCGAUGACCUGACGAUUAUGGUGCGGAAUAUGAUCGUGGCCGUCUCGGCCUAA